AUGGCCGCUCAGAGUUCACACGUGUGCGACUUUGAAGGAUGCGGAAAAACGUUUGGUAAGGAGAUCCGACUGGUUGAACACAAGCGGAUGCAUACGGGGGAGGUAUAAAAUCUCUUUUUAUUUUCUUUUUUCAAAGAAGAUGGUUAAAUGACCACAGGAUACAGAUAAAUCACGAGAAUACUUAGCGCGAACAAUUGGAACGUUUUGGGUACGUUUCGCGCGCAUUAAUUAGAUCAUGAAAACAACAUUUUUAGAUUUGAUUUUUGCCUAGUUACCUGGAUUGAUGAAAUUUUUUUCCUUUUAAUUUAAAAUAAUUUUUAUUUAAGGCUCAUGGAAUUUUUUUAAAUCGGAUCUCUGUGAAAAUUAAAGCUGUAUUUCCAAUCUUAGAAUAUGUGGUAAUUUGUAGGCGAUUAGUUGCUUUUUUUACCGUCUACUGAUCUAAUGUCGUUGAAAUUUGAAUGCAGGGAUAUCCAUGAGCCACUCAAUUUGAUAUGAUGAUACUGCAAAACCCUGCUGCUUCUUAUGUUACUAACGAGAAUGUGAUGUGUAAAGAAACAAUAUCUGCCCUUUGAUAGUUUCCAGAUUCUCAACACCCCUCUAUUCACGUUAUAUUAAUACUGUUAGGAGGACUUGUUUCUUUUUUUCUCCUGGGAGUGAAAGGGUUGAGGAGACAAUUGCUGGACUAUAUUGCAAGGGUCUGCUUAUUCAUGUAAGCCAGUGGCAGAUUCUCACCUUACAGUUUUCUUUAAAUAUGUAUAAUUUCAGAGACCAUGUGUAUGCCCCCAUGAAGGAUGUGACAAAUCAUUUGUGAGAUCUGUGCACUUAAAAAGGCACUUGUUAUCACAUGAUGGAGAAAAAUUAUUCAAGUAAGUUCCUAAAUUAGAAGUGCGGAAUAGGCAAGUGUUGUGAAAUCCAAAGACACUUAAAUUUUACCAAUUAAAAUGAAACAAUGUUAACUUGUUGGAAUUGAUAUAAGUAUACUUAGUUCUGAAACAUGAACAGAAGAGUUGUGAUAGUUUGAAGGUGAAGUUUUAAAGGGGUGAAUUGUUUAAUGGGUGAAGUGGUUUGUUUGUAUUCUAAGCAGUAUAAUGAAACUUUUCAGAUGAAUCUCUGCAGUAAACCUUAUCAUAGUCAAAGUGACAGAAUGGGAAAAAAGCGGUGCUUUGAAUGAAAGCCUUUCAAGAAGGGUUGGAUUGUAGUGACCGACAGAAGACAAACUUAAAUCCAGAGCGUGAAAUUGUGCCUAAUACAGGCGCCAAUGCGCCUAAAUUUUUCACUUUGGUGACCAAAUCCUGAAAGUUAGUCGCCAAAUUGGCGACCAGAACGUUUCAUCAUAACCUUACCAAGAGAUAUAGUGAAUUAAAAAGAUUUGCAAAGAUAAAUGCGCGGCAAACUUCCUCGUUAAGUUUGUUUCCAAAACGUAGCACAUGUAUCUCGAGCGAUAACUAGACGCCAUCUUGGAUUUAGAUGAGCCUGAACUUUGUAUAUCAUCCAUCCUAGUGUCCACUUUGUAGCAAGUUAAAGUUCUUUUCCCUAACUUAAUUUUGGAGGGUCUAUCUAGAAUGCUGACAGCGUAAAGAAAGAUUUUGUUUGUCUUUGAAAAUGGCGACCAACUUUUUUUGAAUUGGCUACCACUUUGAAGAAUUUAGGAGCCAGGUGGCUAUCAGAAAAAAAAAUUAAUUUCACGCCCUGAAAUCACUUUUACUUGCUGACAAGCACUGACUUACCAUCCCAACCUAUGGUUACUUUCUUUGAAGGGAAUUUCUAAUACAGUCACUUGCAUUUGAGAAUGAUAGCAAGGGGAAAUAUAUUUAAAUCAAGAGCUACUCACAAGUAUAAGUGUUUUGGCUGUCUUAGAUGCAGCCAAUGUGAUAUGUUGUUUAUAACAAAACACAAUUCCAAGCGCCAUGAACAGCGGGCUCAUAAUGGGCCCUUUAAGGUAAGUUGGUAUCAAGCUUUGCAUUUCAAUCAUGAUGCAGUAGGGAAGCAUGCCUCCAAUAGUCACCAUCUUUUAUCACUGACAGAUAUAUACUAAGUUAUUCCAAUUAUUUGAAAAACCCUGUUAAAGCAUUCUGUAGGUAAGCCCUGUCAACAAGAGGAAUUUGAUUUCAUGACAAUAAUGAGUUGGUGCAAUCAGAUCUGUACUAUACUGGGAUAAAUCAAUUAGACACAUGGUAGCAAACAAUGUGGGCAAUUUCAACACAACUUCAUUUCACUUAGUACUCUGGGAGGUUGUACAAUUUGUUGAGCAUUAUGGGUAUUCAGUACUUCAUAAGAUCUCGAUGUUGCGAUUUGAUAGUAGUGCAGAGAAUGAGAUUAAGUCUUCACAGAACGCAAGCUUAUCCCAGUCAUCUUCUUUUGGCAGAUAGGAUCUUUGAAUUUUUCCAAGCAUUAUUUUAGACUUACCUAAUAGUUUCUUUUUUUUGCCAGCACUUACUUUAUAUUUGAAAGUCAAAAUGGUUUAUACCUAUUGCCAUAAACUAUAAGAGAUCGGGCAAUAAUUUUUAGGAAAUCAAGUAGCUUUCCUCUGAAAUUGGUUUUUUUUUUAAUGUUUGUAACAUGUUUGCUUAUGUUUGUUAUUUUCUUAGUGCAAUGUUGAUGGUUGUGAUGAACAAUUUACAAAGUGUAACCAACUGAAAAUUCAUCAGCUGGUUCAUACUUGUGAAAAGCCCUUUAAGUAAGUAGACCAAAUGUCAUUUCACAAUUUUUUAAGGAAAUAUAUAUUUUUUUGACCUGUGGAUUAAAAUCAAGUAAAGCAAUAAUCCUUGCAGGUGGAAUACAAUUUAAGCAGAAAAUUUAUUGCAGAAAAGAAGCCUGGAAAAAAAGGGCUUUAAGGUGACUCCAAUCUGUGCCUGCCAGAUACCAGUUGAGUGCCAUUACCCACUUACUUGACCUAAAAAGCCAGAAGCUGGGUGCGAGGCAAAUUUUUUUAGAGAGCUCAUCUUGCCCAUAAAGAUGAACCCUCGUAAGGAAGAAAUGUUGUUUUGGUGUUAUAUUCUGUUUUCUAACUAUUACAUUAUUGUUUCAGGUGUAAAGAGCGAGGUUGUUUGGCAUGUUUUAAUGCUCCAGGGAAACUGAGACGGCACCAAAAACGACAUGAUGAAGGUAAAGGUAUAUGUAAGGGCUGUCGUAACCAAAAUGCAGAGAUGCAAAACUUUGUUAUUUUGUGAUUUUUUUUUUUUAUCAUUUGUCUUUGAAAGUAGGAAUUAUCAUUUUAAAGUUAUGUAAGAUCCAAGUAUUGAAGUUAUCACAGGCUGGGGUAUUAUGGGUUGAGAAUUCUCAAUUACCCUUGGAUCAACACUAGUUCUUCCUCCUUAUUCACAUACUUUGGUUGGACACAGUUUUACUGCCUAUGGCAACAAUUGGUCGUGUGAGCCCUGUUUAAACCUAUAUUCCUUUUCAAGGCUCUGAUUUCCGCAACUGAGUUACUUUGACACUCUACUUUUGAAGAAAAACUAUCUUUGACUGCAUUUGUUGUUUUCUUACAGGCUCAGUGCCCUUCUUUCCAAGGUACAGGGAUGAUGCUUUUGCCCAUGACUGGCUGCGGAAACAUGUUUGUUCUCACAAAUGCAUUCUUUUCUGUGAGGGAUAAAGUAUGCAAAUGUCUCUAGUAGGACAAUUGUUUGGGUUUAAGGCCUUUGUGGCUUCACAGAGACUUGUACAUAGUUUCCUUUGUUGCUCUAUGAAAGCUCUCUCUGAGUGCCUUUCAAUAGAAUAUGUCAAUCAGUACAAAGCUUCAACAUCAUACCCCCCUCCCUGAGUAACCCCACUGGGUGUUUGAACUUCUGAAGAUUGGUUUGUUCAAAUUCCCACAUUCCUCGUCAAAAAAAAAAAAAAGACAUUUUAUUCCAUUGGAAGGACUGUACAAUUCUGGUUCAAAUACCCUGCCUCACCCAGGUAAGAUUCAAAUACCCCACCCUUGAGAAGGCCUUUUUUUCAAAUGUCUACUUUUUGGGCACAGACUAUAGUCAAGUGCCCGAGGGAGGCUGGGGGGGAGGUAUGUUGAAGUAUUGAAUUGAUUGGCACAACAUAAUCAAGAAAAAAAUCAAAUUUUAACCUCCAACCAGUACCAGUGAUUUUUUACCAUUAUGUGGAAAGCUCAUUAAAGUGCUGCAAUAGUUGUGAGGAAUAACACUAUUCUACUUCCAGGUGUAAUUUUAAUGUGUGCUGCAAUUUGCACAUUUCUAAUAUAUUUUGUGAGUUAAAGAGUCACUAUUGAUAUCACUAAAAUGUUAUAUCAUGAAUUGGGUUCAUUUGAGUUCAACAGAACUAAGGGCAUUGUAAUUCUCAGAGACAGCUGCCAUUAUAAAUCAUGGUAAUUCUGAAAAAUUUUAUGCUUCAUAUAAAUUACUUCCCAUGGAAAUUUUGACUUGUACUAUGUACAUUUUACUGAAUUUCUUCACAUGUCAAGUAUCCUGUGAGACAUUUGUUCACUAUAAGCUAUUUUAGAAGCCUGCAGGGAAGGCAUAAUUUUGGCAAGCAAUUGAGUGCUCAGUAUGUUCUUGGUGUACUUUAUAGCUGCCAUCUUUUGAUUUUUUUGGCAGCAGAAGGCUGGGGAGAGAAAGAAAUUUGUAUUGAGGGGGUGAAUGAUGGUCAAAGUGAAAGGAGGGGGAGGGGCUUUUACCCAACCCUCUCCCCCAUGGUCUACUCUAACUCUAAAGCAAACAUGGCUGGUUGAAAAAUUAUUCCAAGCUCAUAACAUUAAUUAGCCUGAAUAAGACAGUAUAAUAAGAUGCCAGGUUGUGUCUAACAUCUCAUCAAAGAUUUUUACAUUUGAUUACAGUUACAAACUAGGUACAACAUCAUUAUUGAAUCAUUGUCUUGCAGGGUACUAGCAAGGCUCUGUUCUAAGAGCUUCAUGUAAUUCAUGCAUCAUGGUGUCAGCUAAGAUAUGCCAGUUUUAAAUGUCACUCACAGUUUUGUUUGCUCUGAUACUAAAUGAUGUAUCUGAUAUUUUAUGUUUUCUGCCAAUCAGUUUACAAAUAACUACAAUUAUAAAUAUAAUUAUAGUUUUAUGUAUUAAUCUGUACAGCUGUGUUGUGAUUUAUUUUUUUCCUAACGUUAAAAUACGUCUGAUUGUGAUCAUUUUUGGCCAAACAAUGAAAAAACCAGCAUGAAGAUUUUUAAAAUAUGGCAUUAAGUAGACGAAUAUGUCUUCAAAAAGUACAUCAGUGGAAGUUAUUCUUACUUAUUAUAAUGAGCAUUAUAAAAGUUCAAAUAUUUUGUUAUCACCAACAAGUUAAGUUCACUAGAAAUAAAAUUUAGAAAAUGAAACAUGAAAGAAGGAAGUCUGUUUUUCUGAGACUAAUUCAGCUGGAAGAAUUUUUCCCAGUAGAUUUAACAGACUCUAUUCCUUAUUCUCAGUGUCUUGCAAUUGGAUACUUAUUUAGUGAGAACCAUGAUUUUUUCAAUGAAUCAGAGGCAAUGUGCCAGUUCUUCAAAAGACAUGGCUAUCCUGCCUUAAGCAGGACAUCACUGCACCCAACAAUUUCAUCGACAGUCAAGAGACUGAUCAAAUUCCAUUCACACUCACAUUUCAUUUUACCCUCGCAAUGAUUCUAAAAAAGAUUUUAACUACUUUAAAAUGAUCCCGAAACUGGUAUUAAUAAUAUUUUCUUGUUUUUCAUGUUACCAUGUUCCAUAUGGGACAUAUUAUUGAGCCUACGAAUAUAAAUAGGUUUCCAGCGGCUUCCCAAGCGACACGCGAAGCAAAAUGGCGGUUGAACUUCCUUCUCUUCGUUCACUUCAAGACUUUGUUACUGACGCCCAGUUUACUGCUCCAACAUUUCAUGACAGGGAUAGAAUGGAGAACAGGAUGAUCAAUAACCUCAUAUAUUAUCAGACCAACUACUUCAUUUGUGCAAUUCUAAUUGUCAUUGUGGUCGGGUGAGCUAAGUUAAUGUGCCUCUCUGCUAAUGUAUAAUAGGAAAGCUUUACUGAAGUAGUUGACUGUUCAACUCCGGACAAUCAACCUCCCAAGGCAUUAGGAUUUUGCAUCUGUACAUUUAAGCAUAUCUUGCUACAAUCCCAUUAGUAUAAAACGAGAUGGUAACAAGAACGACUUACUUGGUGGAAGAAAAGAGUGUUUUGAAUUGUUGACCCAAAACCGAACGAGACAUACCAUGUUUCCAGUAACUGUACUCCCUUAUGGAUGGCCAACCUUCGACACAAUCAUUUUUUGUCGUUGACACCUUUAAAAAUUGCAGUAGAGGAGUUCGAAAUUCGUUGGCUUCUUUGGAUCAGUGGUAUUUUCCUUCCGUAACAUUUUUUAAAUCAAAUGCGUGUUAUGAUUAGGACAAUAAUAUUUUGUACAAAUACAAUUUUGUCCCCAAAAAAUUAUUUUUAAAUAAGCUUAUUAAGACUUUAUUACCGUAUUUUUAACUUUACCUGAGGCCAGGUUCUGUUAUGAUCCAAAGCUUUUAUUAUGUUAUGAUAACUGCAUAAAGUUAUUAAACCUGCCCUACUAUUUUCCGAUUGGUACCCUCCCUCUUUAAGACUUGGUGAACCUUUUACUGAGCUACUAACUGUCUUUUUACAACUUGUACUCAGUCAAUGGGACAGUGUAAAGUUGUUUAAAAUUAGAGAAACAUAGAAGGUUGAAGGCAUCAAUUACUUCAGUGAGAAAACGUCAAUGGUUCUCCUUUCCUCAGGACGUUGUAUCCAAAAGAUUUGAUCAUUGGUGCUGUCACACUCAUUGUUGCCUUUGUGUUAUUUGGCAUUGCCCAGAGUAAAGAGCCAAGAUUUGCACAUCUGAAAAGUCAGUAUCCCUCCCUGGUACCUAUUGCUGUGGUUGCCUUAGCAAUGCUUGUUAUUUAUGCUCUGGGAUCCAUACUGGUAUUCAUCGGGGGGGUGGCAUUGCCAAUAGCAGGUAGGAUUUCACUGACCCUUUGACCCCUAAAAGUGAUUAGCAUCUAAUUUCUCCUUACAAUAUCACCCCUGAAUGACAAAUUGAAGUCAUAAGAAUAAAGGAAAUGAUCACCAACUAAAAAAGGCUCUUGAUUUUUAAACAAAUUCUCCUUAUCUGCAUCUUAUGAAUUUAUAGAGAACAGUGUGGAGAAAAAUCAGAAGAAGACUUAAAGGAGUACUGAAAAUAAUUUUCAUAUCUCAAAGCUGCUUGAGCAGGAUGUGCCAAAGAUAUCUUUUGGUGCAUUACUUGGAGACAGCAAUAUCUAUCAGGACUAUCUUGAGGAACAGAUUUUUUUUUCCUCUGAGGAAUAUUGUUAGUUUUUAAAGGAACUACUAUGCUGUGUGAGUUGGCAAGUGAAUCACCAACAGAAAUAUCAAUUGGCUAGGAGUUGACAAAGAUGGAUAGACAUCUACAACAGGAAAACAUUAGCUUUUCAGAAUUCACUGUGGCUAGCUAACUUACUCUGUCAACUAUAGCUUAAGCUAAGGAAGGGAACUAGAAAUUUUUUAGAACAUAAACCCUUUCAGAGGCCUUAUAUGGCUUAACCCUUUCUUCUACCCUGCAGUCAUUAUUCACACAUGGAAACUCUCAUUCAAUUUCUUUCUUCUCUUUUGGCAGCAAUACUUCUUCAUGCAGCAACAAGGAAGCGAAACAUAAAAAACAAAUUUGCCAAUACACUGGAGCUGUUUAAGGAAGAUGUCACACCCAUGACUAUCUUACUCUCAAAGAUAUGUUCCACUGAAGAAGAAAAGAGAUGAAUGGGAACUUUACUAUAAUUUUUUAAAAAAUUCACUUCUAGUACAGUGGUUUGUAUAUCAAAAAGGAAUGUAUCAAAUUGGUAUUUUUGAUGCUAGUGGCAUGAGUCAUUUUUUGCACAUGAACAGUUUGUAGUGAGCUGCAAUUUACAAGAAAAGAAGCAGUUUAAGGUGGAUUACCCCUCCUUCAAAAAUGAAAAAAGUUUGCAUUUGACCUGAUCAGUCUUAGGAAUGCCACACACAGACAGAUACAAGAUAGAAGGAGCCUGUAGGGGUACGUAACAUAAUUUGAAACAAGUAAAGUCAUACUUUUAAAAUCAGUUACCGAGUCAAAUUAUUUCAAAGUGCAGUCACAAAAUAUACCAUCUAAUUAUACCCAGGUCUAUUUUUUGAUGUGUAAAAAAACGCGAAUGGAUUCAAUAUUUUGAUUAAUAUUGAGAGAUUUUCUCUAAACAAUAUGACUUGUCAUAGAGAAGGCUAGCAUCUGUUAGACUGGGAAUCCAGAAAAAGUUGCCCAUAAGCAUUUAAGCCUGAAGUGUGAAUUCGUUUCUCAGGCUUAACAUUCAGCGGUUACUUUGUUUGGAGUUUAGUAGUUUGCCAAUGGAGAUAAAUUUGUUUCUUAUCGCUCGUUCGUCAAUAUCGUUUUUUCCUUUUCUUGCCUGUAAUCUUUCAAACGCGUUGAUUAUCGUUAAGGCCACAAUAGAGAAGGGCCCAAUAUCGAGAUAAGCAGAUGAAAUCUCAGUUUCACAGGCGACAAGCCUUGCAAAGCUCUUCCCUUCUUGCCCUGGUGUCUUAGCUUUGUAGUUAUUGUAAAACGACGUAAUCGCUACAAUUAAGUAAAGCC